AUCCCCUUCAUUUCCUUUUCACUGAGAAAGAAAGAAAAAAACAAAAUCAAACACAAAAUCACUUUUCUUUUCUCGCAUUUUCCCUCAAUAACCGCUUCUUCCCGAUUUCCUUCCUUAACACCUACGGAAAAUCGCAUUUUCCUUCCGCCGCAUGGAAUUUUCCUCCCCCGCAAUUUCCACAUCCAUCAUCAUCAUCGCCGCGUGAGAUAGGGUUCUCCUCGCCGUAACGUUCCGGUAGAUAGACAUGGCUAUGCUCCGCAAGCUCUUCUUCCGCAAGCCCCCUGAUGGCCUCCUCGAGAUCUGUGAAAGAGUUUACGUUUUUGAUUGCUGCUUCACAACGGAAGCAUGGAAUGAAGAGAAUUACAAAGUGUACAUAGAUGGGAUAGUUGGUCAGCUUAGGGAGAAUUCGCCUGACGCUUCGAUUUUGGUUUUCAAUUUCCGAGAGGAAGAGACCAAGAGUCAGAUGGCGAAUAUAUUGUCUGAGUAUGACAUUACUAUCAUGGACUAUCCGCGGCACUACGAGGGUUGUCCGGUACUCAAAAUGGAGCUGAUUCAUCACUUUUUGAGGUCGGGCGAGAGCUGGCUCUCGCUUGGGCAUCAUAAUAUAUUGUUGAUGCACUGCGAGAGCGGCGGUUGGCCUGUUUUGGCUUUUAUGUUGGCUGCAUUGUUGAUUUAUAGAAAGGUUUAUACUGGGGAGCAGAGGACUUUGGAUAUGGUUUAUAGGCAGGCUCCCCACGAGCUUCUGCGUUUGUUGACGCCGUUGUAUCCCAUUCCUUCUCAGCUGAGGUAUUUGCAGUAUGUUUCUAGGAGGAAUGUGGCAUUAGAUUGGCCUCCGCUCGACAGGGCGCUCAUGUUGGAUUGCAUCAUUCUCAGAAUCUUCCCAAGCUUUGACGGCGAAGGUGGUUGUCAUCCCAUGUUCAGAAUUUACGGACAGGAUCCUUUUAGCACAGAUAAAAGUCCUAAGAUGUUGUACUCAAUGCCAAAGAAAAGCAAAAAUGUCCGGGCUUACAAGCAGGGAGAGUGUGAACUAAUUAAAAUUGAUAUCAAUUGCCAUAUUCAAGGUGAUGUCGUGAUUGAGACCAUUAACUUGAAUGGUGACAUGGACCGUGAAAUGAUGAUGUUUCGAGUAAUGUUCAACACAGCUUUUGUUAGAUCUAAUAUUCUGAUGCUUAAUCGGGAUGAAAUUGACAUUUUAUGGGAUGCUAAAGAUCACUUUCCAAAAGAUUUCAGGGCUGAGAUCCUUUUCUCAGAGAUGGAUGCUGCUGCAGCAGUUAUUGCGAAUCGCACCUCAUGCUUUGAGGAGAAAGAGGGGCUGCCUAUUGAAGCAUUUGCCAAGGUUCAAGAGAUCUUUAACCAUGUGGACUGGAUGGACCCCAAGGCCGAUGCUGCACUAAAUGUGCUCCAACAGAUAAGUGCUUCGGCUAUAAUAAAUGACAAGGUGGAUACAAUUUCUGAACAACAUGUGGAAACUGGCACUUCAUCACAUGAAAAAGGUCCUAAAAUGCCUCAAGGGAAGUCAAAUGAAGCAAUGAAGUCUCUAUCCUCGAAUAAGCAAUCUCCAAAUAAUGAUACAAGUAGAAAAGAGGAAAAGACAAAUAAUGAUGGUCCUACUUCACAGCGGUCUAGUACAUCUGACAACAACUGUCAAGAGACACCCAGCACACCUGGAAGAACCUUAGCAUCCAGUAAUUGUCUGACAGGUCCUACAAAUCGUGACAUGAAACAGCAGGCGUCUGAUCUUGCCUCAUCUGGUUCUGUGGAUACUUCUCUUUCCCCUCGUACGCCUCCUUUGCGGCCUCCCUCGACUAGUCGAGUUAAAGAAGUUUAUGAUUCCCCUCCCCACAUGGAUUCGCCUCCUAAUCAUAUCUAUCCUUCUCAAUCAAGACACCAAUCACAAGAUAAAAGCCAUUCACCUAUUUCCAGACCUGCACCUGUUACUAAAUUGUCACAUGCUUUUCAUAGUGAGUCACCUGUUGACCCUGUGUUGCAUCCUCCAGUUUCAUCAGCUACAUCAAUUCAUCCAUCCUCUCCACUUUCUUCCAAAACACCUACAAGUGAGAUUCCACCUGUUAAAACAAGACUUGAGUCUUCCCCUCCACAACCUCCAACUCCACCUCCUCCUCCUACCCCUCCACUAAGAGAUAAAAAACUAGUUAGAGCUGGACCUCCACCUCCACCACCUCCUCCACAGAAGGAACUACAUGUUCGAGUUGAACCCAUUCCUCCUCCUCCUCCUCCAUCUUCUAUUAAUGAGAAGCCACAUGUUAGCGAUGGACCCCCUCCUCCCCCUCUGCCUCCUCUAAUAGAGGAGCAAUCUGUUAACUUUAAAACCCCACCUCCUCCGCCUCCUCCUCGUCUUUCUGGCGAACCUGCAGGUCCUACUGUGGCACCAUCACCACUAGCUCCUCCCCCGCCACCACCACCAGCACCUUCUACCACCGCACCAGCUGCACCGCCACCUCCAAUGCCCUUUGGUAAAGGAGGUGUAAAACCAAGUAAUGCUUUUCCAGGGUCUCUUAAUGUGUCAGACACAGUGGGACCUCAAUCUAGUUCACCCACUGGUUCAAAGGGGAGAGUUUUAUCACGUACAAUCAGCUCAAGGAAUAAUACCAAAAAGUUGAAGCCAUUACAUUGGUUGAAACUAUCUAAAGCAGUGCAAGGAAGUUUGUGGGAUGAGACACAGAAAUCUGGUGAAGCUUCCAAAGCCCCGGAGAUUGAUAUGUCUGAGCUUGAGAGUCUCUUCUCAGCAGCAGUCCCAAGUUCAGGUGCCAAGAAGUCAAACACUCAAAGCUCUGCCAAGCCUAAAUCUGAUAAAGUGCAAUUGAUUGAGCACAGGCGAGCAUAUAAUUGUGAAAUCAUGCUUUCAAAAGUGAAGGUGCCGUUGCAUGAUUUAAUGAACUCAGUGCUAGAACUGGAAGAGUCAGCGCUAGACAGUGAUCAGGUUGAGAACCUUAUAAAGUUUUGUCCUACGAAAGAGGAGAUGGAAAUAAUCAAGAGUUAUGAUGGGGAAAAGGAGAAGUUGGGGAGAUGUGAACAGUUCUUCAUGGCGUUGAUGAAAGUACCCAGGGUAGAAUCCAAGCUCAGAGUUUUUUCAUUCAAGAUUCAGUUCCACUCUCAGGUUUCGGACCUUAGAAAUAGCUUGAAUGUUGUGAAUUCUGCUUCAGAAGAGAUCAGGAAUUCCGUCAAAUUCAAGAGAAUAAUGCAAACAAUACUUUCUCUAGGGAAUGCUCUGAACCAAGGAACUACAAGGGGUUCUGCUAUUGGAUUCCGAUUAGAUAGCCUUCUCAAACUCACUGAGACACGUGCACGGAACAACAAGAUGACUCUCAUGCAUUAUCUAUGUAAGGUGCUGGCUGACAAAUUGCCCGAAGUUUUAGACUUCUCCAAAGAUCUUACUCACCUAGACCCAGCAGCAAAGAUCCAAUUGAAGUUUCUGGCAGAGGAGAUGCAAGCUAUAAAUAAAGGAUUAGAGAAAGUUGUACAGGAAUUGUCAACCUCUGAAAAUGAUGGUCCUAUAUCAGAAACUUUCCGCAAGAAAUUGAAAGGGUUCCUGUGUUCUGCUGAAGCUGAAGUCCGUUCAUUGGCUUCUCUAUAUUCUGGCGUGGGAAGGAACGUGGAUGCACUGAUUCUUUAUUUUGGUGAAGAUCCAACUCGCUGCCCAUUUGAGCAAGUUGUCACAACUUUGCUCAACUUUACUAGAAUGUUCAACAAAGCCCAUGAAGAAAACUGCAAGCAACUAGAGCUUGAAAUGAAGAAAACAGCAGAUAGUGAGAAAAAAAAGUGUGAAUCGGAAAGGAUAUUACCUACAGCAAUCCGGACUGGCAAUGUCAAAUAAGUGAUAGUUUGACAUAACUAGCUGAGAAUUAGUAUAUUAUAUAGUCUAGCAUGACUAGGAAUUUGAGUGGACAAAAACGGUUUUGGUGUUUGGUGAUUUUGAGGAACAUGUAUAGUGGCACUGGCACAGUGUAGUAGUAGGCUAGUCGCUGACACGGAUAAACAAAACGGAGAACUGCAAUACACAGCAAAAGAGAGGUGUUAGACAGAUAUCCUCCGUAGGAGACAAUUCAGUUUGAGUCCAGAACAUCCAUAACUUGAUGAGGCUAGUUUUCCCGGCGGAGGUUUCUUCUAUUUGAUAAUUGUGAAUUAUAACAGAGACGAUCUAGUUUGCAUGAGCUCUGUUAUUUGCCAGUCAACUGUAUAUAUCUUCCCUCUCCGCUCAAAAGCUGGUCGAGUGUAAGUAUUUCAGGAAUCGCGACAUUUGUUAUUAUUUUUCCUCUGCCCCUUUGGCUGGCUUGGUUCUCUCCGGUAGCGGCACUGAUUUCAUAUCGGUAGUGCAGACCUUGAAUAUCUCCUUGUAUAGCUUAUAUAAAUUUUCUGCUUCUCUUUCUCUCGUCAGGAUUUGAAUAGAAAGUGUAUGACGUGAUUUUUUUAGGAAGAGAGAAUGAAUGUUAAAUUUAAUAUACAGGGUGUGAAUAAUACUAAUUAUUAGUGCUUGUUGUGUUUUU